AUGGAUAUUAAAUUAUAAGUGGAUAAUCUUAUUAAACCAAUUAAAGAAAUACUUUAGAAUAUUGAUCAAGUUAAAAGUUAAAUCAUAUUAUCACAUACUCAAUAAUUUGCCUUAUCUAUAAUUGAAUUUAUAUAUUUAGGAAAUUGUUGUCCUUGCACUUUAACGCCUGUUGAAUAUAAAACCAUAAUUAUUUAAUAUGUUUAACAAUUAAGAAAGUAUUAUUAGAACAUUAAAGAAUCAACAGCAUGUUAAGUAUAUCAGUUAAAUAUUUAGAGAUUGUAAACAAACUAAUAAAACAGCGAUAAGAUCAUGGAGAUCGUGAACUAGAAGGAUUUAUGAAUUCAGAUGAAGAAGAAACAAAUUUAGUUAAAUAAAUAACAUUUUAAUAAAAUACUUAAGAUUAUUCUAACGAUGCAGAUUUGGAAAAACAUAAAUUAGUAUUAUAAUAGAAGGAUUAUGAAAUCUCUAAUCUUAAAGCAAAAUUAUAAGUAAAAGAAUAGAAACUCUUGGAUUUAGCAAGUGGUUAUUUGAAAGAUUUAUAAAAUAUGAGAGAAUAAAUGUAUAAGAAAUCUGAUGAUUUUGAUUAUUAUGAAGUUUCUUAUUGUGAUGUUACUGAUAUUGAAGAUCCUCGUUAUAGAGAUUUAGUUAAUAAUAAAAUAGCUAAUUUAAAGAGUCAAUAUGAAAAGAAAACAAGGGAAAUGUAAAAUUACAUUUUAUACUUAGAUAUGUAUUUGUAUAAAAACAAAAAAGUGAAAUUUAGAAUUUAAGAUAAUAAGUAGGAAAUUAUGAAUAAAAAAUAAAGAUGAUGGAUAAUGUAGAGUAUUUAAUGAAUCGUGUAUUUACAUUAGAAUAAGAUCCUUAUAGAAUAUGGAAAUAUAUUUAAGAUAUAAAAGGAAAUGAAUAUUUUCAUGAUGUUUUUGAAAAAUAGAAACCAGCAUCAGGAAUUAAAUAUAGAGAAGUGAAUAAAUUAUUAAUGGUAACUAAAGCUUACGAUAGAGAAUUAGAAUAUUUUAAAAAAGGAAUAGAAGAUUAAAUGUAUGUAUAUUUGGAAAGGGCUUGUGGAAUUAUUAAUCUAUAAAAUUAAGAUUUAUUAGAUGAAAUAGAAGAAUUAAAAAAGGAAAUUAAUAGAAUUAAAUAAUUUGAAAAUAGAAUCAAUUAAUAAACUAUGCGUUCAUUUGAUUAAUUUAAAAAAUAAUGUAAUUUAUAAUAUAAAAUAAAUAAUAGUAAAAUAACAUUAAGAGGAAUAUUUGGAUAUAAAAUCAAAAGAAUUAUAAUAAUUACAGAAGAUUUAACUAAAAUAUGCUACUAAACUAUGGUAUUUCGUGAGUUAAAUUAAGAAAGGCAAAGAUAUAAAAGAAUUGAUAUUAUAUGCAUAGUAAAGCAAAAAGUUAAUAAUAUAGUUAGAAUGACUACGAAAAAUUGACAUCAUAACAAUUCUUAGAGUUAGAAAAUAAUUAUCUUUAAAGUAUGAUUACAACUAAAAUAAAGUAAGAAGAGAUCGUUGAAUUAAAUAAUAAAUUAGAAUAUAUGUAAUUAUAAAAUGAUGAAUUAAAGAGUUAAAAUUCUUAAAUGAAAUUGACUAUUUAAGAUUAUAAAGCUAAAAUUAAAAAUCAUUAGAAAUGUUUAUAAUAAACAAUUAAACAUAUUGAUGCUAAGAUAAAUCCUGAAUAACUUAAUUUAGAAGAUAAUAAUAGAGAAACAACCCUUAGUUUUAAAGAUAAACUUAAAUAACUUAGAUAAUAACAGAAUGGUUUAAAAUUUAUAUAAGAAGUAUAUUAAUAAUAUGAAAAAAAUAAUAUGGCAUUAGAAUUUUUAAGUACAUAAUAUGAAAAUAAAUCAACAUAAACUAUGAUUGGAAAUGUUAGUAAAAGUUUAGCAGAAGCAAUUGAAAUACAUGAAUUACAUAAAAAUAGUGAAGAAAUUAAUGAUGAUUUUGUUAAUAUGUAAUAUAAAUAGAAAGAUAUAGAAUGUUAAACUGAUUUAAUUAAUAUUGAUGAUUUAUUGAAGUAAAAUGUAAAUUUAAAAUAAUAAAUUAAACAUUUAUCAUAAGAUAUAGAUGAUAUGGAAGGUGAAGGAGUAAUAUAAUAACAUUUUUAACUUAUUAAUUAAAGAAAUUAAUCUUUUGAUGUUAAUUCAUCUUAAAAAAGUUCAAAUCUUAAAAGAAGAUAUGUUUAAGUUAAUGAAUCUAAAGAUUCAUAUUCAAAUUAUUAAGAUGAUCUUAGAGCAUCAAAUGAUAAAAGUAAUGGUUAUCAAUUAGGUUAGACUAAUUAAUUAAUUAUAUUACAUCCAUAAUCAUCUGUUGAAAAAAUUGCAUAAACAUAAACAUUUUAUACAUCAAAACUUUAAUAAAGAGGAGUAUUUAAUAGAUUAUUUGAGGAUAGUAAAAAGAAAUGUGAGAGAAUACAAUAAAUAAAAAAUAAUUUAGAAUAAUUAGAAAAAGAACAUUGGCAAUAAGUAGCAGAAUUAGUAAAAGAAGAUUUAGAAAUUGUAAAUGCAUUUAAAGAUAGUCUUUCAUCAAGUAAACAUUUUUAUUAGAAAUAAUUAAAAAGAAAUAUAGAAAUGGAAUAAAAAUAUUUUCCAUAAAAACAUAAUAGAGCAUAAUUUUAUUUUAAAAAAUUUAAAGAUUUUCAUGUACAUCAAUAAGAAUUAAAUGAAAUAUUAUUUGAUCCUAAUUCUAGUGAUGAAAAAACUUAAGAAAUUUAAAGAUUGAAUAUCAAAAGUGUUGUAGAUAAUAGAAAAUUAAAUGGAUAAAUUAAAUUUAAUGGAUUAAAAAGAGAAGAAUAUUAAUUUUUUAAAUAACUUGAAAAGAGAAAAUUAUAAAGUAGAACUUUUAGAAGUACUUAAUAAUCUCCAAAAUAGAAGAAGAUUCAAUAUGUCUCAUUUGCUAAACCAUUUAUUGGAAGUUUAACUAGCUAUGA